GAAGAUUAAUUUUAAUUAGGAAAUUUCCUGUUCACAUCCACAUAUUAACAAUAACUGACUAAAUUACAACUAUUUUUGACUGACUCCAAAAAAAUGAUGUCUUUACGAAACUAAUCCAAUGUAGUGUACAGAGGAAUAAUGAAGAUGGUAAUAAUGUACGUCCACCACCAAAAAUGGGUGGGAGUCCUGUGAUGUUUGUCCAUCCUGCUCCACCUUCGUCAGCAGCCAAGAGUAAUAAAAUGCGUCAGCCAUUGCCAAGAAAUUAUAUAGGAAUAAAAUAUAAUACCAGAAUUGAAUAUGAAGACAGAGAGUCAGAUUUUCUGAUACAAUUGAAUAAUCCUCGAGAUAGGAUUCUUGCAGAACAUUUAUAUUCUGAAAUACGUGGUAAUCGGUUUUGGCCAACAUCACCAACAAACCCAUCACCACCACAAGCAUCAUCACCACCACAAACAUCAUCACCACCAACAUCACCACGACCAUUACCAACACCAUCCAGACUAUCAUCAUUUUCAUCAUCACAACCAUCACUCCCAUCAUCAUCAUCAUCAUCAUCAUCAUAAGGAGAAAGGGUGGUGUUUUUUAGUGGGU